GAUCAGAUCCUCAUCAGAAACAAACACCUGAUGGUUCAUUAACGUCAUCUGACCCAGCUGACAUGGAUGCGGACUUAAGUCGAGCCGGACCGGUUAACGGACCUGUCUGUCGGUGUCACGGUUUGAAGCAUUCUGGCCUGGGAAGCUUUGGAUCCGCCGCCUUAGCAGCUCUGCAAGCCUCCACCCGCCUCCACCAUGAUGCAGAUCAACGGGGACUCCUCCACCAACAAGCACUCGCUCAUCAACGUCAUGCACCGCUUCAUGGCGGCCGCCAACAACAUGGACGAGACCAUCAUGGUGCCCAGCCUGCUGCGGGACCUGCCGCUGGACGAGCAGGCCUGCAGCCAGGGGGAGGCCAACAACAACGAGCCGCCGUGCUCCAACAAGCAGAGGGACAUGUACGAGCACUACCUGCUGCUCAAGUCCAUCAAGAACGACAUGGAGUGGGGUCUCCUCCGGAGGGAGAUGAGCAGCGGCGCCAGCUUCCUGGAGAUGGCCGUGAAGCAGGAGGAGCAGCAGCCGGUGACCGGGGCCCUGCCCCUGGACGACAACGCGGACCUGGAGCGGCAGUUUCACUAUCACCUCAGGGGACUGUUCGGAGUUCUGUCCAAGCUGACGCUGCAGGCGGACAACCUCACCAGCAGAUACAAGCGGGAGAUCGGAGGAGGGAACUUCAUGCGAUAAGCCGGCGCGACCCCCUCCUCCCUCCCUUCCCUCCAACUCCCACCGGACUCGAACGUUAACGGGAUAUCUUGUGCAAUCUCAGACGUGAACUAACGGGGCCACCAGUCUUCUCACUCCUGAGUAAAGCCAUUUUAACCGCCCCACCAGGAACCUAUGAAGCCUGACCCAUGGCGGAGGUUCAGUUGUUCUCCAGAUGAUGCUCUGCAUCCAGAACCCUCAUCCGUGUCUGGACCGAGAGGUUCUGCUUGUAGGAGAUGCUGGUUCUUCUGCCCCGCUCUCUCAAACUGUAAAUACCUGUAACACUGAGCUGAAGGGCCCUCACCUGUGUAGCUCAGACCUUCCCACCUGGUUCUGUGCCUUGACUCUGUCUUCACUUGUUCAGUUCACUGUGACUAAUGGCUAAUUUGUCUGUAAUUAAACAUUCUAGAAAUGGGUUUUUAUAUUGAUGCAGUUCAACAAAAAUAAAAAAAAACUUGGAAUUUGAA